UCAAGCUUUAGCUACUCAUACGCCAAGUGCCGCCCUUCUAACCGUUAUCUUCUCCACUCGGCCAUAGUGCUCCCCUCCCCUUCCCCUCUACUCUGAGUUCGCCUUCUCAAGAGCUCCGAUGGCUGGACUAGCGGUCAGCCUGGUGGUGGGCCCACUGGUGUCCCUGGUGAAGGAGAAGGCGUCCAACUAUCUCCUGGACAAGUACAAGGUGAUGGAGGGUAUGGAGAAGCAGCACGAGGUCCUCAAGCGCAAGCUGCCUGCCAUCCUCGACGUCAUCGCCGACGCUGAGAAGCAGGCGUCGUCCCACCGGGGAGGAGUGAAGGAAUGGCUUGGCGAGCUCAAGACGGUGGCAUACCAGGCGAUCGACAUCUUUGAUGAGUUCGAGUAUGAGGCGCUCCGUCGUCAAGCCAAGAAGAAUGGGCACAUCACCAAGCUUGGCAAGGCUGGAGUAAAGCUCUUUCCUACUCACAACCGUGUUAUAUUCCGUAUCAGGAUGGCCAGCAAGCUUCAACGCGUUGUUGACACCAUCAACGUCCUUGUGCAUCACAUGAACGACUUUGGGUUCAACACGCCUCAACACCAGCAGGCACCAGCACUGAAGGAGGGGCGUGAGACGGAUUCCAAUAUCGUUGAUCCUAAAAAUAUUGUUAGCCGAUCUAGGCACGAGGAAAGGAAGAAAAUUGUUGAGAUAUUGGUCAACGAUCAAGCUACCAAUGGUGAUCUCAAGGUUAUUCCCAUCGUUGGAAUGGGAGGUUUGGGCAAGACCACCCUCGCUCAGCUCAUCUACAACGAUCCUCAAGUCAAGGAUCAUUUUCAGCUACUAAAGUGGGUGUGUGUGUCAGAUGAUUUCAAUCUGCGUGAUCUUGCCAACAAAAUUUGUAACGCUUCCAAGGAUUCCCUUGAAAAGGCACUGAAGGAGCUUCAGGAACAGCUUAAAGGAAAGAGGUACCUUCUUGUAUUGGAUGACGUAUGGGAUGAGGAGAGCUUCUUGGACAAGUGGGAAAAGUUCAAGGCCUGUCUUGAACAAGGUGGUGUCGGUAGUGCCGUACUGACAACCACCCGUAACACAGAAAUAGCUCAAUUAAUGGGUACAAUUGGGAUCUCACACGAAAGGAAAUACCUUGAUGUCGGAACUUUGGGCAACGAAUUCAUACAGGAAAUUAUUGAAACAAGAGCAUUCAGUUUGCAUAAGCGAGAUGAUGAGCUUGUAAACCUGGUUGGUCCGAUUGCAGAGAGAUGUGCUGGGUCACCAUUGGCAGCCAAAGCUCUGGGGUCUAUAUUGCGUAAGAAGGCCACUACGGAAGAAUGGGAGGAUGUGCUACAGAGAAGCAGCAUAUGCACUGUUGAGACUGGAAUUUUGCCUAUACUUAAGCUUAGCUACGAUGAGUUGCCAACUGACAUGAAGCCAUGCUUUGCUUUUUGUGCUUUGUAUCCAAAGGAUUAUCAAAUUGAUGUGGACAACCUUAUCCAACUAUGGAUGGCUAAUGGUUUUAUCAUCUCGGAACAAAACAAGGUACCAAUUGAAACCGUGGGUAAACGGAUUGUCAACGAGAUGGUUUCAAGGUCAUUGUUCGAGUAUGUGGAGCAAGAUCCAACAAGGUUCGGGUAUAGUUCUACAACUUUUUUGAAGAUCCAUGACCUUAUGCACGAUGUUGCAGUGUCUGCUACACAUGACGAGUGCAUAUAUAUAACUGAUGAAAUGAAUGAAAGUGGUGAAUUACUUCCAAGUGCUACCCGCCAUAUACAUUUUGAAAGACGAAGUAUUGCAAAUAUUGAUAUUUUAUCUCGUUCCAUUAGGAAAAUGUCUAUACCUAUCCGAACGAUGUUUGUUGAGAGGUCUCGAGAUGUGCUGCAUUCAUCCAAAUAUAGUUCUCUGCGAGCACUUGCUCUACCAACAUCACGGUAUUUGCCAAUAAAACCAAAGCAUCUGCACCACCUUAGGUACCUUGAUAUCUCUUGGAGUAUAGUCAAAGCACUUCCAGAUGACAUAAGCAUACUAUAUAAUCUUCAGACACUUAAACUUUCUGGUUGUAAGUAUCUUAGUAUGCUUCCGAAGCAAAUGAAGUACAUGACUGCCCUUUGUCAUCUCUACACUGAUGGAUGCAGGAACUUACAGUGUAUGCCUCCGGAGCUUGGACGACUCACCUCUCUUCGAACACUUACAUGUUUUGUAGUGAGCAGUGACUCGGAUUGUAGUAGUCUUGGAGAGCUAAAAAAUUUGAACAUUGGUGGUUCACUAGAGCUAAAGCAGCUCGAAAAUGUGACAGAAGCAAGAAAUGCAAGACAAGCAAAUCUUGGAAAUAAGAAGGAACUGAGACAGCUGUCAUUAAGGUGGACAAGUCGUAAGGAGGAGGAACAGCAAUGUAACGAGGUGCUAGAGGUUCUCCAAGUUCAUGAUAGACUACUAGCUCUAGAAAUAGAAGCCUACCAAGGCACCAAUUUUCCAUUAUGGAUGGGUGCGUUAAGAAACAUGGUUGAGCUUCGGCUAUCUUGGUGUAGAAAAUCUGAGCAGCUUCCUCCAUUGUGCCAGUUACCAGCACUACAGCUUCUUCAUUUGGAAGGAUUGACACAGUUGCAGUUCUUGUGCAGCAGUUGUACAUCCUCCACAUUUGGAAAGCUUAAGGAUCUUAAGCUUGUUGAUCUUGAUAAUUUUGAUAGGUUUUAUGAUCAGGCAGUGGAAGAAGAGCUAGUAGCAUUUCCUCAGCUCGAGAAAUUGCAUAUUGAACGCUGCGAAAAGUUGACAGCAUUACCAGAAGCGGGAGUGCUCAGAAAAUGGUAUGAUGGUGGAGAAUAUACAAUGGUCCGCUCAGCAUUCCCAGGAUUGAAGAGCCUCAUGUUGAAAGAUUUACGGAGCUUUGAGAGAUGGGAGGCUGCCAUUGAAAUUGAAGUAGAACAUGCACUAUUCCCUUUGCUUGAGACUGUCCGUAUUGAUAGUUGCAACAAGUUAACCACUCUGCCUAGAGCACCAAAGCUCAGGGAACUAUUCCUAUAUAUGAGUGAUGGAGAAAACCAACAGAGGUCCCUGGGAGCAACUAGAUAUAUGACGUCACUGUCCAAUUUGGAACUGAAAGGAAUCGAGGUGGAUGGCAAGGACAAAUGGGACUAUAUUUCAUCUGUGACAAAUAUGCACCUUUACUGCUGCAGUUUGUUCUUCCAAUCACAUGCACUAGCUCUGUGGGCUUGUUUUCGGCAGCUGCAAGAUCUGGUUAUCUAUAGGUCGAAUGAUCUAAUCUACUGGCCGGAAAACGAGUUCCAAAAUUUGGUUUCCUUGCGGAGGCUGGAAAUUUGGCAUUGCAAGAGUCUGGUUGGAUAUGCUCCUGACCAGGCAACAUUAGAGCUACCCCUGCCCUGCCUCGAGUCUCUACGUAUAAUUGCUUGCCAUAGUCUGGUAGAGGUCUUCAACCCUACCCCUGCCCUCAAGAAGAUGGAUGUUGGAUCCUGUGAAAAUCUGAAGACCAUAUCCUUCAAGCAACAGGACAAGACAUCAUUAAAUGCAGGUCGUCCUAGCACUGACGUCAUCAUAGCAUCCACUGCUGUACAGGAGGAUCUCUCACCAUCCGGCCGGAGUAAUUUCCUUCCAUCAUCUCUAGAAACUCUGAGAAUCAAUAACUGUGAUGGAUUGUUAGAGGUUCUCAAUCUUCCCUCAUCCCUUAAAGAAAUAUAUAUUGGUGGUUGCUCCCAACUACAAAUCCUAUCAGGCGAGCUGGAUGCACUCAGUUACCUAUCAGUUGACGACUGUCCAGGUAUAAAGUCACUUGUUUCAGACCUGCGGGAGCGGUAUGGCAUUUUUGAAGGACGCUCUCCAUCGCUGCUUGGGCGUCUCUGCUCCUAGCUUCCUCCUCCUACGGGGCUUCUGUGUGAAGACCACACGCCCUGUAGUAGGUCUUGGACAUGUCGGACAUGGCGCAGGCACUCUUCAUGGUAUCAGCCAGUACAUGCCUAGCUUCAUUCGUGUGAAUCUCCUGAGCAAAGGAUGGCAAAGAGUGAUGUGGUGGUGAUACUAAAAAAGAUUAUAAAGGACUUCGCCCAAUCUGCAUCAACCUCAAAGCAGAGUGCAGCCUAGUGAGUAGUCAUUACCAAUUUCCCCUGUAUUUGGAUACAUGUGCUCUGUUUACUUGUGCAAGAGAUGAAUAGCAUCAGCCAUCUCUUAUUUCAUUUUUCUCCACUAGUUAUUUGUAUCCUAUAUAAGAUUUCUGAACAGAAACUGUCAUAUGUAAUAUAAGUUUCUUCUAUUGGAGUUUCUUUUUUGAA